CCCCAUUCCUCGCCCCAUAGCAGCCCCAUUCCUUGUCCCCUUCCUCGCCCCACAGCAGCCCCAUUCCUUGUCCCCUUCCUCGCCCCACAGCAGCCCCAUUCCUUGUCCCCUUCCUCGCCCCACAGCCGCCCCAUUGCUCACCCCCCCGCCCCCCAUCCCUUAGGCAACGCCCUGCUGCGCCGCCUGGUUCGCAUCGGCGUUCUGGACGAGGGGAAGAUGAAGCUGGAUUACAUCCUGGGGCUGAAGAUCGAGGAUUUCCUGGAGCGCCGCCUGCAGACGCAGGUCUUCAAGCUGGGCCUGGCCAAAUCCAUCCACCACGCCAGGGUGCUCAUCCGGCAGCGCCACAUCCGGUGAGGGACCCCAAAUGGGGACCCCCACCCA